AGCCUUCACCGUGACGACCGUUUUGUCCGGACCUUUGACUCCUGACAACGGCUGGAAGCCACGAGUACUCCUCGUUUCUUCAGCAUGGGCAUAAUUUCGUCACUUCUCCGUGCCUUUAGCGAACAUGUGUCUCGAAAUCGUAUCACAGGUUCCCUGAUCCACGUUUUUCUUUGGUUGGCGGGGCGGAAGGCUGUGCGUCCCGACAUGCCAAAGGCGGUCCAGGGUACCCUCAUUCGUACCAUCGUACCAUCUAUCCUUGCACUUUCGAUGCCCGGAUAUGCUUUACUUCGGUCAUCCUCCAAGAUUCCACAGCGGCGCCUCCAGCAUGUUCCACAGGGGAACGCCGUUAACACGUUGUCGUUAUGAAAUCAUGGUGCAUAUAAAGGCUCAAGCUACGGACGCUACACCUUACGUUUGCUUGCUUGUUACACUCACAUACGACCCCACCUACACCAUGGCAACUGUCAACGGCAUCCGGGUAUUCCUCUAUGUGCUCUUGUGGCUGUUUGCGGCAGUAACUCUGGGUCUGAGUGCGGCGCGGAUACACUAUACUCUGCACAUUCCUCCUGGUGACCCUCUGAACCGUGGCGUUGACUUCUAUGACCCCAUUGUCGCUGAACUCUUGGCCACGUCGGCCAUAACCGUUCUCUGGGUCCCUUGGGUCGUCUCCAUCAUAACACGCACUUACGACUACGGCAUCGUCUCCACCUUCCUAAGCGAGACGAUCGGCCUCUUCAUCCUGUUCGUUCUCUGGCUUGUCGGCGCAGCUAUCGCUACGUCCUCCUGGGGUAACCUCGCUUGGUGCCAUAUCUACCUGCCGUGCCGCGUUCUCACGGCCCUCGUCGCUUUUGCCUGGAUGAGCUUUAUCAUGGUCUUUGUCCUGCUCAUCAUCAGCGUCAUGUUCUCCAUUGCGAACAGGGCAUUCAAGCAGCCGAUGCACGGACGGUACGACCCGCGCUCGAGCUAUGCCCCCAGCUACCGCGUAUGAACCAGUAGGAUCGGAUAACGAACUAUUUGGAGCACAUGAACUAGCUAAAUCGAUUGUAACGUGUAGAUGCCUGUAAUAGUCCCACCUCUAUUAUUUU